AUGAGUUUUCCCAAUGACUACGUAGUCCGAUUGGUGGCGGAAAGCAGUGCUAAGUCUUGUCUUAUAUGCUACAAACCAACUACUACUGUUUUGGUAUCUCAAAAUAAAAGUGACUUUUUCUAUAUAUGCCGAGGACAUUUGAGUGAUAAGGGAUUUUGCGAAGUCAUUUACCCCCAGGAAUACCAGGAGUUGCAAAUAGAGAGACAAAAACUCAAAGGACAACUAGAAGAGAAGCGUAAGGAAAUGGAAAGCGCAAAGCCUUUUGGAUGGAACAAGCUCAUCAGUAAUUUCAAGUCAUCUUCAAGUGAUACAAAUCAGACUUCUAAAGACCAAGUAAAGUCAGCCGAGGCAGAUAAGAGCGAUGACCCGUCUAAAGUAAAGUCAUCUGAAAAAAUUGAAGAUCGUUACAAGGCUCUUCAAAUUAGCGUCAAGAAGCUUGAAGCCCGUGAUGGAGAGCUAACACGAAGUAUAGAAAAUUAUCAACUAAAAAAUUAUCGAUUAGAUAAAGAUAUCUAUAAAAAUAGACUUAGAAGUCAUGCAAGAGUUCACUUGAACCAUAAAAAAAAACAGGAAAUCAGCCAGCCAGGCUUUUUUCCUAGUGCCCCAUCGAACCAAAUAAAAUAG